UGUGGGUUAAUCCUAGAAUAUUUGGGGCAUUAAAGGUGGGUUUCCUCCUGAGGUGGAGCAGCAAGCACUGCUUGGUUUGGUUGUCCUCAGCCAGAUGCUUUCUGAGUGGGAAGAAGCAGCCCAGCAGGACACUGAGGUGGUUUGGGGUGGUUUUAAGGUGGGGUUUUUUUAAUCAUUAGAAAGAAUUUCUUGGCAGCAAAACCUCACAGAGAUCCCAGAGCUGAAAGGCAGGGGGAUCUAAGUAGGAUGCUCUGAUGUGGGGCAAGCUCUUGCCCACCUCCACCCCCACUGUGAUAAUAGGGUUGAAAAGCUCUGUACAGCCCCCAGCAAGCUGUUACUGUACAAUGAAAUGGUUUUGAUCUGGCUGCUCAGUUCCUCUUCUUUCAGCCUGAGUUUAAACCCCCGUGGCAGGAUGAUGCAGUUCUGCUACCAACUCUAAAUGGAUGCUCUACUUCCUUCUGCAGCUCUCUUGGGCUGUGUCGGACAGAGCCUCCACAGCUCAGUGCUUUGAAUACUUUCCACUCAAGGGAACAACAACAAAAAAAGCACACCCCAGAAAGAAAGAAAAAAAGAGUCAUUCAGCUUAAAAAAAACAACAGGAAACACAUGGCCCAGGGCAGCAUCUCAGAUCUGAGCACACCUGCUCUUAGAGUGAGCUAAGCAGCAGAGAUUCAGUCCCCAGCAGCAGAAGCUCCAUGAAGCGAGGCAUGGGCUGCAGCGUGUGUCUCUGGCUGCUCAUCUCCCUCAGCUGUGUUUGGGGCAUGGGCCGUGGGGUGAGACAGACAGUGCUGGGCACUCUGGGGAAAGCGACCACCUUACAGGUACCCCCUGAACUCCAGAACCUCACCCUGCGCUUCGGGGAGGCCGUUUGGAAGCGGUACACGGAGGACCCUCAGAGUAAGCUCAUCCUGCUCAAGUACUCUGAUGGCAACUACACCAACUACAUGGAGCCAAGAACCCGCUUCCACAAGCUGGAUUUCUCCCUGGAGAUCCUGAACACCAGCAGGCAGGACAGGCAGCUCUACGAGUACAUCGUCAGCAAAGGGUCAGAGGAGAAAGUCUGGCAAAUGCUGCUGGAGGUUUAUGAGCCAGUGUCUGAUCCCAGCAUCCAGAUCCUCAACUGGGCAUCGGCCAACGGCAGCUGCAGCAUCAUCCUCAACUGCACAGCAGAACGAGGGGAUAAAGUCUCCUACAGCUGGGGCAGUAGGGACAGCAGCACCCCAGGGCUUUGCUCCCACAAUGGCAGCCUCCUGUACCUCUCCUACCCCCUGCAGAACUCCAGCAUUGCCUGCUCCUGCGUGGCCAGCAACCCCGUCAGCACCCAGGUCAUCACUUUCAACUCCUCUGAGUGCAGCUAUGAGCAAGGGGGUAGCACCAAGCUGAGGAUGGAGCAUCUUGUGCUGUUGGUGGUGUUGCCCAUCGUUGUGCUGAUGAUGUUCAUUGGGGUCUUCACUGCUGCACAUUCAGCCAAGCCCACUGCCAACCAGGAGCACUCACCUCUCACCGAGGACAACGAGGUGCUCACCAUCUACUCUCAAGUGCAGCGAGUGCAGAAGCAGAAAGGGGCCCUUGAGCAUCCCUCCUGCACCACCAUCUACGCUGCAGCCACUGGGCUGCCCUCAGACGCAGCCUUGGCCCCCAGCAGACACCCACGUCCCCCCUGCAACCCCCCAGCAGAGCUGCCCACCCUGCAGGGUGGUCACCCAUCCUUCUCACAGGAGCCCACGACAGUCUAUGCCAGUGUGAUGAUGCCCAUGGUCUGAGCCUCCCCCAGCAGCUCAGCUCAGUCUCUGCUUGCCAGGCACCAACAUUCCCAGCUGGAAGAAACCCUGGGGCAAAAAACCCCACACAUCUGACCUCCAGCACAGCUGAGCUGGGGCUGCAACGUUGGCUGUGGACUUGAGGGAUGGCAGAAGGAAGACCAGGGCUUGAAACAUGGCAAGAAAUCACCCCAGCGUGGCUGAGGGUGACCCAGGAAGAUGCUGAAGCACCAGGAGAAGGUAGAAAGGCUCCAAAAUAACAACCCAACAGCCUGUCAUGAGAGGAGAAUUAAGACUCAUCACCUCAGAGGGGAACAUUGAGCCCAUGAGCAGCAGGGUGCAGCAGUGGGAGCGUGGCUGCAGCAGGUUUGCACCCCAAGCUCAUGGGGUUUCCUCCCACGGCCUCAGCUUCACUAGAGGGAGCCCCUGGCUCGUGGCAGAUGCUGACACUGGUGCCACUCAGGGACCUCCAUGGUUUCAGAAGGAGAUACUUAUUUGAUGAAGUAGUUUUCCCCCUGACCUCUGCUCCUGCAACUGGUUAAGAAAUACCCAAGCAGAAGUUUUGCAAUGUCUUAAAAGGGGCUGAGCCCUGCCCUGGCCUGACCCCACUGCACCAGGGAAACAAACCCCCAGCUCCUGAGGAAGCAGCUGUGUUCCACCACACUCUUCCAUUCCCAGGUGGACAAGUCCCAGAUGAAUUUUUGUCUGAGAGGAGGAGGAAGCCCUUGCUCAUGGCCUGGCCAUCCCCUUCCCUGACUUCCCUGAAGGAAUAUCCAGUGUGGGGAUGCAUGAGGUGGCCUGGAUGAGGGAGCAGGGCUGUAAAAUCUUUCCAACUCUUCCCUCUCUUCUCCAGUUGGAGCUAUUUUAGAACCCCAGUGUAGCUCAGCUUGUACAGUUGGUCUGAUC